CGAGACGGCAACGCUUUGACAGGGGUUACGCAUUCCCUUGACCCGGGCACUGCGCGUCUCUCGUCCACCUCUCUGCGCCCGUCCCUCCCUCUUUCACUCUCCUCCUCAUCCUCCUCCUCCUCGUCCUCCUCCUCCACCUCUUCCCUCUCACAAUCAGCUUCGGCUUGCCCCGGUACACCGACACACACUCCCUUUCUCCGCUCGAAUAUCCACAAAGCAGGGAAUAAGGAAGGAUCGUCGAAUUCCCUCUCUAUAGCCGGCGCGACACCAACUAACUGGAUGAUUGUUUGAUGUGAGGGGUUGCAGUGUGGCUCGUGAGGAAUCUUUGAACCAUGACUACUUGUGAGACGCUCAGACGACACCUCUGAAUGCGUCACCCGGUAGCAGUCCCUUGUUGUUGUGUUGGUGGUACUUUGCUACGGCAACAGCACCAGGCCCUGGAUUGGAUUGCGGGCGGGGAGUGUGACCAAUAGGAACAGUGGAGAACAUGCAGGACUCUGCCUCCAACAGCAAGAUGGCCAAUCAGGACCAGAACUCCAAGCAUGUGGACAACCACAGAGAAACAGACGAUAUGUCGGACCUCACCUCGCCAAGCCGGAACCCCAAAUCUCCAACAAAGGGCUCCAAGCGCCACAAGAUGUCUCCUUUCAAAGUGACCCUGCUGGACUCCUCGGUGUACGAAGGGGAGAUCGAGAAACACUCCAGAGCACAGGGCCUGAUGGACAUGGUGUGUGAACACCUUAACCUGCUGGAGAAGGAUUACUUUGGCCUCAGCUAUUUAGACGCGGACACACAGAAGAACUGGCUGGACCCCUCCAAAGAGAUCAAGAAGCAGAUGCGUAACACCCUGUGGCACUUCGCCUUUUCAGUCAAAUUCUACCCCCCAGAUCCCUCCCAGCUGACCGAGGACAUAACCAGGUACUACCUGUGUCUGCAGCUGAGGGACGACAUGCUGUCGGGGCGGCUGCCCUGCUCCUUCGUCACCCACGCCCUGCUGGGCUCGUACGCCGUGCAGGCCGAGCUGGGCGACUACGACCUCGACGAGCACGGCUCCGACUACGUCAGCGACUUCCACUUCGCGCCCAACCAAACCCGCGAGCUGGAGGAGCGGGUGAUGGAGCUCCACCGCAACUACAAGGGCAUGACUCCAGCGGAGGCUGAAAUCAACUUCCUGGAGAACGCUAAGAAGCUGUCCAUGUACGGGGUGGAUCUCCACCACGCCAAGGAUUCAGAAGGGAUUGACAUCAUGCUUGGUGUCUGUGCAAACGGGCUGCUGAUCUACCGAGAUAGGCUGAGGAUCAACCGCUUCGCCUGGCCCAAGAUCCUUAAAAUCUCCUAUAAAAGGAGCAACUUCUACAUCAAGAUCAGGCCGGGAGAGUAUGAACAGUUUGAAAGCACCAUUGGUUUUAAGCUCCCAAACCACAGAGCUGCUAAGAAGCUGUGGAAGGUCUGCAUUGAGCACCACACCUUCUUCAGGCUGGUGUCUCCAGAGCCCCCUCCCAAGGGCUUCCUGGUGAUGGGCUCCAAGUUCCGCUACAGUGGUCGGACCCAGGCACAGACCCGGCAGGCCAGUGCCCUCAUAGACCGCCCCGCCCCUCACUUCGAUCGCUCCACCAGCAAGCGGUACCUGCUGUCACGGAGCCUGGACGGAGAGUUCUCCCGGCCGGUGUCGUCCAUGUGUGAGAACCACGAGGGCCUGUCCCACCGCAGCGUCAGCGAGCACCGGCGCCUCCACAGCCCCUCGGUGGAGGAGCAGGAGACGGAGAUGGAGCCCAGUCUGGACCAGGACCAGGACGAGGAGGAGCAUGAGCCCGCCUCCCUGGAGCACGACCACGACACGGGCGGCGAGCACACGCCCAGCAGGAAGAGGGAGAUCAAGGAUGAGGCUGACUCAACAGUUGACAAUAAACAGGAGCUGUCUCAGUUGGACCAGGAGGUCACCCCAAGACACAAACAGGAGUUCCUGGACAAGUCGGAGGACAUGUUGUUGAAGCACCAGGCCAGCAUCAACGAGCUGAAGCGGGCCCUGAGAGAGCCAAACAGCAAGCUGAUGGCCCGGGAGAAGCGGCUCUCCGAGACCUCCUCGCACGGAGGCACGCCGGAGCGCAAGGCACCGGUCGGCCAAGCUGGAGGAAAGGCUCCUGCAGACUUACCGUCUGACGAGGGUUUCGUCCUGAGGACACUGGUCACUUCACCUGAGGGCACUGAGGAGUGGGUUUUGGUUGAAAAGCAAGACGCUUAUCAGGAAGACCCUGAGUGGAGCGCUGAGGGAAACGAGAAAGCUCCCACCUCACCUUCACUAACCGUCGACUCCGGGCGGGGGGCACACAGCGAACAAACGGAGCAAGAGCCAGAAUUCAGCGACAUAGAGACAGGCUGGGACGGGACGCAAGACGACAGCUCCGGGCUGAACAGCAGCAUUCAAGAAGAGAUUGCAUCCCUGCCAUCGUUGCCGAGACCGAGCGGCGGCGACACGACGGCUCCUGAGCCGCGCCAGUCGAGCAGGGGGGACAUCCCGCCGCGUUUGUCGCAGGAACCCGAGGCGUCUCGGGACGAAGCUCCAGGCGAAACCUCUCUGGGUGCUUCCCGCCCUGAGGCUGAUGCCGGCUCAGCCCCGGGCGCAGGCGAAGGCGAGGGGAAGGGGCGCGGCUCGCCUCCUCCAGAGGAGGGAACUAGGAGCAGGCCUCAGAGCCUGAACCUGGGGACCCCCGGAGAGCUGGUGUACGACAAGGAGGGGGAAGGCUCUGACGGGGAGAACAGCUCGGGGGAGUCUGACGGUGAACACAAAUGGGAAACAAAAUUAGAACGGGUCAUACGCCCUGAUGUGUAUCCGCCGGCCGCGACGAAAGAGGAUGAGAAAGCGGGAACCAAUCAAUCGGUCGGCAUGUUCGGAGACGGCAUACAAGUGGUGGACGUAUCGUCGGCGGACGGCCAGAGUGACCUCCCAGCAAGUGGAACGGGUGAUUUAGUAGACAGAGCAGGUCAGGCUGAAGACAGAGAUAUGGACUUGGCCUCGGUCAACGGACCCGGGAGGGUGGGAUAUGAUUCACUCGCCGAGGCGAAGGACGCUGCCGUCCGGAACACCUCGUCGCGGGGCAAGAGCCUAAUCGACAGCAAGGAGCUGGCAGAGGUGAAGCUGCGCCAGGUCAGGAUCCACGAGCGGAAGAUCAGCAGCUCCGGGGGAGAGGAUAUGGAGGGGCUCCUCGGGGACAAGGUUCAGAGGAGGUCCCUCCAUCGGCUGUCGGGAAGCCAGCAGCAGCAGUCGGAAAUCACCAGGAUCGUUCCCCUGAAGCCGGAGAGGUCUAAGAGUGUGGCGGGUAAGGACGAGGGCGACAGGGUGGGUCCGGGGGAGUCCCUGCGGGUCGCCAGAACAGAGUACCGCUGGUCCGUCGGAGCGCCCGAAGGGUCCUCGGACCUCCACUGGGCCGACUCCUCCGCCUUCCAGUCUGCCGCCUUUGGCGAAGACCUCGAGGGCGGGGUCAAAUCGGAGACGUACUCGGGGCGGUUUGACGAGAGCUGCCACGCGGCGAGAGUGGAGCCCGCGGGUAGCCACCUGUUCAACAUAAAGGGCUCAGUGUUUGGCAAAAUGGCGCCGCCGGCCCCGCCGGUGAAAACGAAGAAGGCAAAGGAGUCCGGGCUGAUUCUGCGCAACAGCCGCAACGCCACCAGGGAGCCGUGCCUGGACGCGGCCAAGAAGCGACACUCGGAACCUGUCUCCUCGCCUGGAAUUUACGAUCAGCCUUUUGCCGACAUUAAGAGGGAGCUGGGGGAUAAGAGUGCUGCCCUGACCCACGAUGAAGACCUGGAGCGGGACACACUGGCCUCGAUGCGGGAGUCCCAGCUCAGCAUCGAGCGCAAGUGCUCCAGCAUGACGGUCAGCUCCACCUCCAGCCUUGAGGCCGAGGUGGACUUCACCGUGCUCACGGACCUCCACUCGGGCGCAGAGGACUUUGCCCGGGGCAUGUCUCACGGGCUGGGGCCCGAGCACCAGCAGCUGCCCGAGGUGGGGCGGCCGGACUUUGAGGAGAACUCCCGCUUCUACUCGGCACGGCUCAUGGGCUCCCACGACCGGUCCCCCGUGGAGGAGAAACCCCAGGAGGGGCGCUCACACCACCAUGAGCCCCCUGUGGCUAGGAAAGACGCCAGCGCCAUCAACAUGGCCCACAUGUUGAGACAGGCCGACUCCAAGACGGACCCCCACACCAAUGGCUCGGAGACCCCCCCCCACGCAACACACGUCUCGCCUCAGCAAACAGAGGAUGACGUCAACUGUAUGGAGACAAUGGUCUCCUGCACUGACGCAGCAUCACCACCAGAGGGAGACAUGAAGUCCAGAACUGCCAGCCGCAAGGAGGCCCCUGUAAUCUUAAAACAAAAUGGCUCCCCGGUAAAAGAAGGACCGCUGGGCAAAGAGGCCAUCGUUUCUCCUCUGACCGUCACCGCCGACAACGUGACCUCAGCGACCACCACUCAAGUUACCAAGACUGUGAAAGGAGGCUACUCUGAGACCAGAAUCGAGAAGAGGAUCAUUAUAACCGGAGACGAUGAUGUAGAUCAACAUCAGGCUCUGGCCAUGGCCAUUCAGGAGGCUAAGCAGCAGCAUCCAGACAUGUUGGUAACCAAGGCGGUGGUGAUCAGGGAAACUGAGUCCCCCACCGAGGACAUCAAGAGGAACGCAGAGGUAUGUGGCUCCGAGCAGUUCUGUGCAGAGAGAUUACAUCCUCCUGAUCCCCCCCGGACGCCCGUCCCAAGGGCCGUGAAUGGACCCCUGGAACUGGACCCCAGCAGACGGCCCUGCUCCGUCCCCACCUCCUCCAUAGCAGUUGUCCUCCGUCCUUUGGCCACAUUAACUCUGAAAUGGAUUCUGGGCCGGCCAACCCACCCACCUGCCCAUCCCACCAACCCCCGCCCCCAGCCACCCAAACACCCCUGUGCCACGGAUCACAGUGCAGAAGCAAACUCCCCCACCUUUGAUAUGAAUAGCAGGUCCUGA